AUGUCCCUGAAAGUCGCGGCCACGUCGCUGACCCGCACACUUUGCAGCGGAGGAGGCCAAAAAUUCAACCACGCAUGUGGCGCGUCCCUACGCGGCCACAAUGGAACAAAAGCAGCAAGUAGUUUUUCUGUCUCGUCCGGGGGGGCGAGUGGCGACAUGCAAUCGUGCAGCGAGCCGCCCCUCAGGCCCGCCAAGGCGACCGGACAGCGAGCCGAGGAGCCGAAGGGGGUCCCCGGCGUGGCUGGCGCGAGGAGACGGGCGUCCACGUCCAGUACUGCGGCUCCGAUGGAUAGAAAAGCCUACAUGUGGGCUCGUUAUGCGGACUUGAGACGGCUGGUUCACGAGUUAAUUCCCCCUGGUGCAUGCAAGUCUCUCAGCUCGUCCGCCAUCUACGCCAAUAAUGAGGUCAGCUUGGCCGAAGUGGACAUUUACGGCUUUGACUACGACUACACACUGGCUCUGUAUUCCAAUGCGCUCAACAACAUGAUUUACAACACCGCGAGGGACUUUCUUAUUGAGCACUUCAAGUACCCUGAGGGAAUCCUCAAGUAUGAUUAUAUUCCUAACUUUGCUGCUCGGGGGCUUCACUAUGAUAUCCAAAAGGGUCUCCUGAUGAAGAUAGAUGCCUUUCAUUACAUUCAACCAGGAACAGUAUACAGAGGCCUGAAGCCUGUGCCAGACGAGGAAGUGCUCAAACUCUACGGGGGAACUUUCCAUAUCCCCUUGCAGCAGGAUAGUGGCUUCUAUGGAAAGGGCCCGAAAGUGAAACAGUUCAUGGAUAUCUUCUCUAUCCCUGAAAUGACGCUCUUGGCCGUUGCAAAUGAUUUCUUCAUCAGCAAUGACAUUGAUUACGAUCCAGUUCAUCUCUCCAAAGACGUCUCUGAAGCAAUUGGCAUGGUCCAUCUAAAAGGCUUCAUGUACAAGUGGAUUAUGCAAGAUCUUGACAAAUUCAUUCUGAGAGGAGAGGAGACAGAUGCCGUUUUGCACAGACUAGUCAGUCAUGGGAAGAAGCUUUUCCUCAUCACCAACAGUCCCUUCAGCUUUGUCGAUAAAGGCAUGACGCACAUGGUGGGAAAAGAAUGGAGAGACUUCUUUGACGUCAUAAUUGUGCAAGCAGACAAACCCCACUUCUUCACGGACUGUGUCAAACCCUUCAGACGCUUAGAUGGAAAUGGGGACCUUCGCUGGGAAAAGAUCAGCAGUUUAGACAAAGGCCAGAUCUACAAACAGGGAAAUCUAGUUGACUUUCUCCGGCUGACGGGCUGGCGAGGAUCCAAGGUUCUUUACUUUGGAGACCAUCUUUAUAGCGACUUGGCGGACCUGACACUCAGACACGGGUGGCGCACGGGUGCCAUCGUACCUGAAUUGGAGCAAGAAACAAAAGUUGUGAGCACUGAACGCUACUCUGUCAGCCUCACUUGGCUGCAGGCCCUCACUGGCCUAAUGGAAAGAUUACAGACACACCGCGAUCCGGACUCUAAACAGGUGCUGGAAGAGUGGCAGAAAGAGCGAGAAGAACUCAGAGUGAUGACGAAGAACUUGUUCAACCCUCAGUUUGGCAGCAUCUUCCGAACAUGCCACAACCCCACGUACUUCUCCAGACGUCUGUCUCGUUUCUCCGACCUGUACAUGGCUUCCCUCAGCUGCCUUUUGAACUACGACCUGUCGUACACCUUCUACCCACGCCGUACCCCUCUGCAGCAUGAGGCGCCGUUGUGGAUGGACCAGCUCUGCACCGGCUGCAUGAAAACUCCGUUUCUGGAGGAGAUGGCCCAAAUUCGAUGA